AUGUAUGCUGAGCAUGCCAAACCACUUUCAAAAUACACUACAGAGGAACUGUAUGCCCAUUUUCGCUUUGGGAGGGAUGAUAUCAAGUACAUUGCAGACCUUGUCAGGCCAAACUUACAGCACAAAACCAAAAGGAGUCAUGCUCUGUCUGUGGAGGAACAGUACCUGAUUGCACUGCGCUUUUAUGCCUCUGGGACUUUCUACCAGGUUGUUGGUGACAAUAUGGGAGUGGACAAAUCAACUGUUAGUAAUGUGGUGAAAGCUGUCUCAAUUGAAUUGGCCAGUCUGGUCAAUGAAUUUGUUUCAUUUCCCAAGGAUGACCAGAUGGCGCAAACUAAGAGAAGUUUCUUUCUUUUGGGGAACAUGCCUAAUACUAUUGGUGUUAUUGAUUGUACUCAUGUGCACAUUCAAGGGCCGCAUGGAAGGAAGUGGCAGUAUGUAAACCGAAAAGGGAGGCACAGCAUCAAUGUCCAAUUAGUGGCCAACGCUGACCUCAUCAUAACAAACUGUGUUGUCAAGUGGCCAGGGCCUGUCCAUGAUGCACUUAUCCUGAGGGAGAGCGCACUAUACAGAAAACUCUUAUCCAACUCACCAAAUGGCAUAAUAUUGGGAGACAGUGCUUAUCCACUCCUACCAUGGCUGAUGACCCCUUUUCCAGUUACAAACACACCUGAGCAGGCAGGCUUCAACUCUGCACAUUGCAAAACAAGAUACGCAAUUGAGCGCUAA